CCUAAAAUGCCAGUCACCAGCUACAUUAGAAUCUCAAUCUACUCAUCUAGCAAUUGAGUCAUCGACAUUUCUUUCCUCUUUCACAGUUUUACGCAAUCGGACUCCACCUCCACCUCCACCUAAAACCCCCACUUUUUCUCUCUCCUCCAUUGAAGCCUGCUCUAAAUUCUCCAUUGAUGCACCUUCUCAGCUUUCUCUCCUCCAUUCAACCACUUUCUCAGAGUUGAAUUAUUGAAAGACGCCAUUUUUUUGUUUGAGUUGAAGAUGUGGCGCUACUUACCAAAAGCUUUGCUCAGCUACAGACGACUCAAUUUAUGUCAAAAUGUGUUUGAUCAUGGAAAUGGGUCUUAUUUUAUGGCCUUUAACGGUGCUUCUCGAGGUUUGGUCGACAGUUAUAAUCGUGGUUCCGUCUUUGAUACAUAUUCAACAUCUUGCACUAAGAUGGUUGAAAAUGAUACAAAAGUAAAUUCAGUUUCUGACAUGUUGGUUGAUUCAUUUGGGAGGCUGCAUACGUAUUUGCGAAUUUCCGUCUCUGAACGUUGCAACCUUAGAUGUCAAUACUGCAUGCCAGCUGAUGGGGUGGAGCUCACUCCUGGCCCUGAACUACUCUCGAAAGAUGAAAUAGUGCGAUUGGCAAGUCUAUUUGUCAAUUGUGGAGUGAAUAAGAUACGUUUGACCGGAGGGGAGCCUACAAUUAGGAAAGAUAUUGAGGAUAUUUGCUUGCAACUGUCUGAAUUGAAGGGAUUGAAAACACUGGCCAUUACAACCAAUGGACUUACGCUUGCGAGAAAACUGCCAAAGCUCAAAAUGUGUGGCCUUAAUGCAGUGAAUAUUAGCUUAGAUACAUUAGUGCCUGCAAAAUUUGAAUUCAUGACUCGGAGGAGAGGGCAUGAAAAGGUUAUUGAGUCAAUCAAUACUGCUGUUAACCUUGGUUAUGAUCCAGUUAAGGUGAACUGUGUUGUCAUGCGCGGGUUUAAUGACGAUGAGAUUUGUGAUUUUAUUGAAUUAACACGUGAGAAGCCUAUUAAUAUUAGAUUCAUCGAGUUCAUGCCAUUUGACGGAAAUGUUUGGAAUGUCAAGAAACUCGUGUCUUAUUAUGAGAUCAUGGAUAGAGUGGUCAAUAAAUUUUCUGACUUGAAGAGACUAAAUGAUGAUCCAACAGACACAGCAAAGAAUUUUCGGGUUGAGGGACAUCGUGGAACUGUUUCCUUCAUCACAUCAAUGACUGAGCAUUUUUGUGCUGGCUGCAAUCGGUUGCGACUUUUAGCUGAUGGGAACCUGAAAGUUUGCCUCUUUGGGUCUGCAGAGGUGAGCUUAAGAGACCCUAUCCGCAGUGGUGCUGAUGACAAUGAGCUCAUGGAAAUAAUUGGAAGAGCGGUGAAAAGGAAAAAAGCUGCUCAUGCAGGAAUGUUUGACCUUGCAAAUACGGCUAAUAGACCGAUGAUACGUAUUGGUGGCUAAGGCUUGGUGGUGUAUCUUCAUUCAGAACCCUCAGAAUCAGGUAUAAGUGAACAAUGACCAUUCUUUCUCAAGUACAAGUUGAUCUGCUCAUCCUAUACUUUGGUUAUGAUGUGUAGCAGGAUCAUGGCACCAGGCUGGAGACUGGAACAUCAUGCAUUUGGUUCACAUAUCUGAAAUGUGAAAAGCUUCACUGUCGCAAGACCUUUUAUUUUGUAUACCCAAUACCUUAACAUAACAUAGCAGCAGACUCGUGGUUCAUAAGAACGAGUUUGGAAUUGUAAUUACAAACAACACAAUUCUCAGUAUCAAAUAAUAAAUUUGUUGUAUCCCCUGUAUUUCACUUUCUUAUUUUCAGCAAAUUAAAUUGCUACAUAUGAAAUUUCAUCAACCAUACAGGUUAACAUACAGCAAAUCUGCAAUGUUGCACUAGAAAUUAGCAGAUAUCAUUUACCGUAUAAAGUCUGUAAUAUCGUCUACAGUCGUUUGUGACUAUAAAAUUAGAUAAUCGGGACGAAAAGAAGAAAUUUCCAAAGCGGAAUACACCUCACUAACAUGUGUACCAGGAAAAAAAGGUACAUAUAUCUAACUUGUCCCUUAGUGAAACAUGCCAAGCUGUAAUCUCACUAUAGAUCCCACUUACUCCACCACCCAACCUAGCAUUCAGUUUAUUCACCAAAUCAUUUAAACCCCUUCAAAUUAUAUCAUUAAUCCAUCUCUUUAUGUAACCACAUUUUCUCUCUCUUCUUUCUCUCUCUAACUCUAUCACAUUCUUAGCAGCAUUCAGUUCCCUUUUAACAUUUAAUGGCCUCCUUAAACCUACCCAAAAUACUUCUAAAUCUCACCAUCUUUUACAUAACAUGCUGCAAUGCUUACAGAACACAUAAAACUACAACAUUUAAGCUGUCAACUAUAGCAGCUGAACCAAGUGUACUACCAUACUCUCCUCUUUCUUCUGUUUCCCCUGCAUUAUCACCUGAUAUUACUCCUCUGUUUCCUACUACACCAACCUCUGCCUCGAACCCGCCUUCAUCGGAAUCUUCACUUCCGAUCAUUCCUUCAAGUCCAAGCCCCCCUAAUCCUGACUCCCUCUCUACCCCUAAUCCUGAUUCAUCACUGCCUUCCUCCAUGUCCCCUACAUCAUCCAUGAUACCGGAAUCCUCUGCUUUCACUUCAAAACUAUCUGUUGUACUGAAUUCUGCAAUGGUGAUUCUUGCUUUCAUUGCUUUCUGGUGAAUUCAGCUUCAAGGUACUUUAAUGGUGUAAUACUGCACCACGCCACUUUGUAUUUUUUUAGCUUACUUUUGAUAAAGUUGGUAUAUAUUUAUGUUAAUUACUUAAAUGAUUGAGUUGUAUUACAUUGUACUGUAUCUCUUGCAAUAAUUUCUUAAUGUAGGAUGAUAAUUUAUUUGAA